AGGUCCCAUGAGUGUGUGUUUGGAGGGAGGAACGGAAGGUCGGGGGCGGAGCUUUUGUUUGUGAGACGAACAAUGAUUGGCCGAGGAGAGCUACGUGUACCUCAUUCUGCUCCGGGUCCCUCGUAUGUGAGCCUGCCACCUGCACGGUCAUGCAUCGUGGCUUUCCCCACGACCUCCUCAUCCACGUAUGAUGGUACGUCCAAAUACUGACUGCAAGAUUUUUCUGUGAACCGUCAGGAAAAAGAAAAGUUGAAUUAAAAAGCUCACAGGCACAUAUUUGGAGCAGGAUGAAGUCCAAGGGGAAAGCUAUAAAAGCAUCCAGAAGAACCUGGUCUGACCCAGAGCCAGAACUUGAACCAGACACAGAAGCGGAACCGGGCUCCAGUGAGCAAGAAGACUCGGAGGCCUCGGUGAGGAUCGGCUGCUCCUGGAGAGGUUCGUUGAGGAGCAGGGAGGGCAAGCGGCAAGGAGGGGGCGGAGGUCGUCGGCGACACAGCUCCACCACCAAGGAGCGCAGCGUCCGGCGUUUGGAGAGCAAUGAGAGGGAACGUCAGCGCAUGCACAAACUCAACAACGCCUUCCAAGCGUUACGCGAGGCCAUCCCGCACGUGAAGACGGACAAAAAACUCUCCAAGAUUGAGACGCUGACACUGGCAAAGAACUACAUCAAGGCCUUGACUUCCAUCAUCCUGGACAUGUCGGGGGCCUGCCUCCCCGCUGGCGAGGACCCGUCGGAGGCCAGUGCCGCCAAACUGCUUGAGUGCUACCAGAAACAUCUUGAGGAGGAAGGCGAGGAGGGGCUCACCCAGUAUCUCACCCACAUGCACAGUUUAAGCCAACACAGCUAGCUUAGCAAGCUAGUGGACUUUGGGGGGGGGGGUGAAAUCAAGUUCCUGCAGGUGCACUGCUUGAGGGAUCCAUUCAGGAAGGGAGCCCAGUUGACUUUAUACUGCAGCGCUUGAACACUUAAGAGGGCUGCUCUUCAAGCAAAACGAAGGGUGAACUUAAUUUGGCAAGAUCUUCAGAUUCUCUUUUUAACGUCUUAGUUGGGAAUUCUUACUCUCCUUUUUGUAACUGAGUGAUCUUCCUGCUUUUUUUUUGUCAGCAUCGCCUUCAGUCAAAAAGUCAAGGAAGGGAGCACAUGCAUUUAAAUGAAGUGUUUGCUUAUCUGCUCAUGGUGAUGAUGAUCGCCCUAAGAACACAACUGACUUGUCUGACUUGUCUGCAGAGAUGUUCAUUUUUUUCUUGGAAUGUCCCAUGAUGGGACAUUGUACUGAAGAUGAGCUAUCAAUAAAUGUGUGUAUUUAUUGACUGCUCUUUUAUUAUGCAUUUACACGAUAGCAAAUAGAUAUCAUUUAAUGACCAGGGGCGGAGCUAAGAUGUUUUUCUUGCGGGGGGACAGGGGGAGCAAGGAUAUUCUCAAGGUGGUCUGCAAAACGUUUUUUUUUUAAAUCCCCCACAAAACUGUCCAAAAAACACUUCUAAAGAGUCAAUAUUGGUUACCUUGUGGAAAUAUGGAAAAU